AUGUCGCCCAAACCCAACGUCCAAACUCCUUCUCUUCCCCAGUUCUCUUCCUCCGCAGUCCACACCCUCACAACCAUCCACAACCACCUGCAUCUCCUGCACCACCGCAACAAAAACCAACAUCGUCUGUCCAAAUGGUAUAAACCAUUCUCCAUCUUCCGUCGCCAGAUCCCGAAAUUAAUCGCUGAAUUGGAGAGAUAUGAGGGCGCACGUGCUAUCAGGGAGACUAGUAGUUUUACGAGACAGGCGAGGGAGGAGGUGAGGAGACGGGUGGAGUUUUUGGGGGUGUUGAGAGGGGGGUGGUUUUUAGCAUUUUCGAAACUCGUAGCUGAUAGCCAAUUUUCGGCGCUAGGACUGAUGUUGCUAGGGUGUCUAGCGCGGUUUUGGAGCGUGCUGAGGAAGAUUGGGGGGGAUGUUGGGGUGGUUUUUGAUGGUGAGGAUGAGGGUCACGUUCUUGGUGAGGGGUUAGGUGAGGUUGCUGUUAAGGGUGAUGAAGUGGGUGAGGUUGUUGUUAGGGAAAAGCCAGGGGAUGAGUUGGGUGAGAGGGUUGAGAGGGUGAGGUUUGUUGAAGAUGAGGGACUUGGUUCUUUACCUAAGAAAAGUGUCAAGAGAAAGGAGAAAGCGAAGGGGACAGAUGAGCUCGCUAAGAGCGGGCCUUGGCUAGAGAAAGGGUUAAUUGAGAAGAGCGAGGACGUGGAAGACAUGGCCAUUAAUCGACCGCCUAAGAAGAGUUCCGAGAAGAAGAGGCUGAAAGAGGUAUCAGAGGACAUCACACAAGCAAAGUCAGAAAACCGGCCGAAAAAGAAGAAGAAGAAAAAGGACGCGUUUGAUGAUCUAUUUGGUAGUCUAAUAUAA